AUGUCCACAAUUUUCGCGCUUUCGUCCGGAUCCCUGCCGAGUGCGAUUGCAAUUUUUCGCGUUUCAGGUAAACCCGCUCCAUUGAGAAUUCUCACGUGGAAAAUUUGAAUUUUAGGCUCCCAAAGCCUUCCGGUCCUUCGAGAAUUGAGCCGACGACAGAGAUGGAGGCCAAAAAUGAUGGAAUUCACGAAACUAUACGAUCGGGACGGGAUAAUCGACGAGGCGAUGGCGGUCUACUUUCCAGGUUGGCCGAUGCAAGUUCGCUCGAAUUUUUGAGUUGAUUAUAACAUUCUUUAGUAAACUACUGAGCAAUUUACUUAGACAACGGUUUCCGAUGUAUCGGCGGUUCAAAUGCGAUGCAAUGGCGAUGCCGAGCCUACGGGAGGAGUGUCGUGGCGCGCACUGUUAGCCAUCGUUAUUCGCACUGAAUUUUGAGGCGUUUCGCUCACAAAGAGCAGAAAAGGGUUAGAAAGACUCCGAUUGGGAAUCAAAAGAAAACGAAUUUAGUUUUUGCAGAUCAAAUAAAUUAAUUUCAAAAUGAAAAGAAUUAUCACGAAAGCACUGCUUCCAUCAGAAGUUCACAGACGGUCUCAUUAAAACAUGCGAUUCCCUUCCCCUCCCGUUCCGCUUUUUCGAGCUUUCUCUUCUGUUCUCGCACACUUUCAGGUUCUCUCUCAGGUCAUUUUCAGUAUAUUCGUGCAGAAACGGAGACUCGAGAAUCGGGCAGACUUCUUACCUUGGUGCCAAAAAACGCGAUACGCAGAGAAACGAGACGGUCAGAGCGUAUCAAUUAUUUUCUUACCAAACGUCACCAAAAAGAAAAUCCGACAUACUGAAUCGCAUGGUCUGAAAUCCGGGGAUCACACUUCGAUCCGUAUUCGAACCCCGGUCUCAAAAACGAAAUAGUCCGAACAUAACCAAAACACCAUGAUAGUGGACAGAGGAGCAGGCUCCAAGUCCCAAUUGCAUAAUGGCUCUUCUUCCCCUUUUUUUUCAAAUCUCGAAUGUCAGACUUUUUCACCUUUGAUGCAGCCGCACCACCUGACAGGGCUCUCUCAGUCCAUAUCAGAUAAGAUAAUCCUUUUCAGGACAACCUUUCGAGCCUUUUUCAGGGCUCUCUCGGACCUUAUCAGAUAAGAUUAUCCUUUUUAGAAACACCUUCCGAGCAGGGCUUGGCCGGCACGGGCUUUUCGUUGGCCGGCCCUUGACCUUGACCUUUGAACCACUUGCAAUAUUCCGACCUUGUGGGCGUGGCCAACUGUUUGGGAUCACCGUCAGGGCGUAAAAUUGUAUCUUUACGGAUCCGUAAAAACGUAAAUUUACGGUUUCAAGAAGACGUAAAAUCCGUAAAUUCCGUAAGAUCUGAAGUUUUAAGAGGUCUGCCCGAUUCUAGAGUCUCCGUUUCUGCACGAAUAUACUGAAAAUGACCUGAGAGAGAAACUAAAAGUGUGCGAGAACAGAAGAGAAAGCUCGAAAAAGCGGAACGGGAGGGGAAGGGAAUCGCAUGUUUUAAUGAGACCGUCUGUGAACUUCUGAUGGAAGCAGUGAUUUCGUGAUAAUUUUUUCCAUUUUGAAAUUAAUUUAUUUGAUCUGCAAACCCUAAAUUUUUUUUCUUUUCAUUUAUUUUCAUUCCCAAUCGGAAUAUUUCUAACCCUUUUCUGCUCCUUGUGAGCGAAACGCCUCAAAAUUCAGUGCGAAUAACGAUGGCUAAACAGUGCGCGCCAUGACACACCGCCCGUAGGCUCGGCAUCGCCAUUGCAUCGCCGAUGCAUCGGAAGCCGUUGUCUGAGUCCGUUCAGAAACAGGAAACUAGCGCGCUUUCCGAAAAUGUAUCAAUAGUGCGCACUUUCAUUUACAUUUUCAUGUUGUCAGGCCCGAAGACGUUCACCGGAGAAGACACGACCGAGCUGUUUGUGCACGGAAGUCAGGCGGUCGCCACAAAAUUGGCCACCGCGCUGGCCACUUUUGAGAAUGUUCGAGAAGCGAAACGGGGAGAGUUCACGAGGCGGUACUGUAGGAAGUUACUGUAGAAAGUGAAACCAAUAAUAGUCAUCAUUAUUAUGGCCAUUGGCUCCCAUUCAUUUUCACGUGUUGCACGCCGAAAAUGCGACCCAAUUACAGAGCGUUUCACAACGGAAAAUUGAGCAUUUCGGAGGUGCGAGGACUCGAUCGAUUGAUUCGGUCGCGAACGGAAAAGGAGCGGAGAGCGGCUUUCGGACAGAUGAGGGGCGGAAUCAGAGGCGUCGAGCUACGGUAGAAACUUUUUUAAAAAAUGUGAAAUGACAACUUUGUGUGGGGAUAAAUCUAUGAUUUUUCAAAAUUUCGAUAGAUAAUUUUGUGCUCUACAACUUCGCAAUUGAUAAUUUUUAACGAAAACCCGUAGGCGCUGAAACAUAUUCAUUUUACCUCAAGACCCCUUUCUAAGACCGUACGUUGUUUUGCAGCAAAAAGCUAGUGCAAGUGCUCGCCAAGCUCUUCAUUGUAAUAGAUUUCGGUGAGCACGUGGAGCUGCAGCUGGAAGAGGCCCAGCGGGACGUGUCGGAAGUUUUGCUCGAGGUGAACCGAAUGAUCCGCGCGUGGAAGGGCGCCGAACUCGCGCAACGUGGCAUCGACAUCGUGCUCUACGGGCGGCCGAAUUCCGGAAAAAGCAGCAUUCUGAACCAGUUGGCGCACGAUGACGUGGCAAUUGUGAGCCCGAUCGCCGGAACCACACGCGACAGUUUAGUGGUGAGCAAAUGUGUUUUCCGCGUUUGACUCUGACCUUUUCCAUUCUGUGUGUGUGUGUGUGUGUGUAGGCGUAUCCGGAAAAGGCGCCAAAAUUGUUUUCGUCUUCAGACGCACGUCCAAAUUGGAGGUGUCAGAUGUCGACUGACUGACACCGCCGGCAUCAGAAGCCGCGCGGAUGACGUGAUCGAGGAGGAAGGAAUGCGGAGAGCACGGCAGAAGUUGGAGGCCGCCGACGUUGUGAUCGUCGUCGUGGAUCCAGAAUCCGAUCGGGAAGAAGUUGAGAGGAUUCUAGAGGAUGUUAAGGUAGAGCUAAGGUUCCUCAAAUUUCAAAAAGCAAUUUGGUAGAGAACUUUUUGCUCUACAACUUUCUAAUUGGGCAUUUGUCGAGAACUUUUGUGGGUGCUGAAAUCUAUUCAUUUUCAGACCACCAAAAGCCGUGAAUCGCGAGUGAUUCUGGUGAAGAACAAGUCGGACCUCGGUCUACCGUACCCCUCCCUCACCUCCUUCCCGCCCAGUCUGCCUACAGUAUCCACGUCGGCCACCUCCUCCGCCGGCAUCGAAUCGCUGCGUCGCCAGCUCGCCGAGCACGUCGAGGAGCUGUGUCCAGAAGCCAACUAUCUGCUCGACGGCGCACUGCUACAGUAAUCCGAGCCGCGCGUCUGCUCAUUAUAUGCCGAAAUGUUCUCAUUUUGCAGAAAGUGCGCCGAUGAGUUGACGUGCGCCGUGUCGAGCUCCUUCGACGCGAGCAUCAUGUGCUCGCACGUCGAGGCCGCCCUUGAACACGUCGGCGAGCUCACCGAGCAAGUCGUCUCCGAAAAUGUGCUCGACGAUAUUUUCAGCAAGUUCUGUAUCGGAAAAUGAAGGAUGGAACGACGCAAGACGAAGAUUCGGCAUUUUUAAAGUUUCUGGGCUGUUAAAUUCGAUUAGUUUAUCAAAUUGUGUAGAAAAAUGAUUUUUCUCGCUAAAAAAGAUGACUUGUCACGGGAUUGCCCUUGAUUUUACUUGAAACACGACCGUCUUCUCAAAAAUCUACAGUAACACUUUUCCCCUGUGACUUUUGCACUAUCAACUAUAGUAUAUGGGCCAAAAAAAUGCCACCAAAAAGCGUGUAUACAGUGCGUCCGAUAAAAAAGCGAAUCGUAUAGUUUGCAUUUUUCCAAAAACAUUUGUGUGUGCGCUUCACACAAGAAGAGUCCCCGUCUGUGUGUGAUCUAGAAUAAUGUGUGAUGAAUAGGCCCCCUCCCGUCAAAGGAGCCCAAAGAGAUAGAGGGAGGGAGAGAAGGACGCAGACAUACCGACACUUCUUCUUCUUCUUCUUCUUCUUCUUCUUCUUCUCGCUUCUCCAACUCCUCGAAGCCCGCCUCUCUUGGGGCAGCAGGAGAUGGGAGCCGGAGAGAAAGAGAGGAAGAAUCUCUUCUUCUCUCUUCCCCACAAUAUUCGCCGCCGCCGCUCGUCUUCUUCGUCUCUUGGACGCACGCACAGCACACGGAGCACACAUACACACACACACACACACGCUUGCUGCUCAGCCCCCUCCCCACCACCACCACCACCGCCAGCGCCGUCCUCGUCGUCGUCGUCGUCGCCGCCGCAGCAGCAGCAGCAGCAGCAGCCGUCGUCGUCGUCGCCUUCGUUGCCCGCCCGUUGUGCUUCAGAGAGAGAGCCGCCACAGAAUCGAUGAGGCCUCCUCCGACGACGAGGCGAUGGCCCCCUCUCAAUCAUCUUCAUCACCACCAAUACAUUCCCCGCCCCUUCUACCUGUACUUGUUGCUCUUAUCGUCGACAAUUCCCGCCACGCUGGCAGCGGCCCGUGUCGCGCAGCAGCAGGUCACUGAAGGCGGCCUUCCGCUCACCGAACUUCUCUCGUCGCUCGAUCAGCCGUACCCGUGCGGCCACGUCGUCGAGGCCGAACACUUUUUGGCGACCGCCGUCGCGCUCAAAUUCCCCCGAUUGAUACAGUUGGCGCACUUUUUCGCGAACCACUCGAAAAAUUUCGAUCCACAACUGCUGGACAAGUCCUCAUUCCUGCCGCAUCCGCCGUUCGACCUCUCGUUCAGUCGACGAACACAUUUCUACGGACUUCAGCUGAAUUGCACAGGCAACAACCAUAAGUGAGUCGUUUGUUUUUCCCCCACCUUUCCAACACACCCUCCCGAUGCAAUGCGUCAGAGCUCGCGCGUGGCGGGCGCUUAAAAAUGCGUCAUCCUUGAACUUUUCAAAUCCUCUUCCACUCUCCACACCUCGUGGGAGAAUGUGAAUAAAUUUGUGUUCUACUACAAUAUUCACAAAUUCACACAUACCUCCCCCCCUAUCCGACGGGGCCUGAGGCACUUUUUUUUGGGUCUUUCUUGUGGCGUCACGUCGUCAGGGGCCGUCGUCAUUUUCUAUAUAAUCUGAAACCCCCAAAAAAGCGGGGGGGAAAAGCAUCUUUCUGCGUGGCGAGUUGUGUGUGUGUGUGUGUGUGUGUGUGCGGGGCUGUGUGUCAUCAGAAUAAUUAAUUGGCCGACGGACGGCCCCCCCCCCCUCUUCUCUCUUUUUUGGGCACAAGCAGUAGCUGGAGCAACAGCGGCGGCGGCGGCGGCACAAACGAGGAGGAAACUUGAGAGAUUUUGUGCGGCGACAUCCGGAUUAGAUUAACGCACGCGCCUGCGCACGAAAGAGAGAGAGAGGGAGAGAGAGAGGGACAGGAGGAUGAAUAAGAUCAAAGUGCGCCCCGACGCACUUUUCUACGUUCCAACAAACCGUUUCCUUCCUGUUUUCAGAUGGCUCCCUCGACUGGUCUUCGUGUCACACGAUCCGAACAACACGAAUCGCAAGGCCUACCUGACACUUCAACUCGAUCAGUUCGAUGUGGACUUGUGCUCGGCCGUUCCGUGCCACACAAAAGUGAGUCAUUUUCUUUCCAAGUCGAGUCAGCGCGCCCUAAUGAUUGUCAACGUGUUACCUCCCCCGCGCGCGGCGACAAAACCUUGCAAGAGCUUGAGUUCUUGCUUCUCACAGGAGCACACGCGUGGAGAGCCUUUAUUGCUAUUAGUUUUACUCAAAAGCCGGAUUGAUUUUCAACAUUUUUAACAUUUCCAAUCCCACUUCUCCUGCCUGGCCUAGAAUCCCCAAUUCUUCCACCAAUUCUCUCCGAAACCGGUCCCAAAAGCCCUGAAGAGCACACUAAAAACGGCGAAAAACGGCAGCAAAAGGCUAACCCGAUAUAUAUUUUUUCUUCUUCACACACACACACACACACAGGGGGGAAAGGCGGUCCCCAGAGGGCCUGCUCCUUCUCAGAUUGACACUUUGACUAUUUGCGCGGCGCAACGAGCAAAAAACGCGUCGUUUUUUUAGAGCUCGCGGGAAAACUGGAGCAAAGUUCGCUCCAUUGAUAACGACGAGACAGGUGACACUCUGAAUGUUUAUAUCAGGGGCCCCGGGGCCGUCCCAAUGUUACACAACACCAAUCAAGAAAUGUUUUGUUGUUUGGGUUUUUGAGUCGGCUGGAGGAAAGCGGGUCGGGGAGUGGAGGAAAUGAAAAAGACAUGACUUUGCGGCGUCAAACUCUGACUUUCCUGUUUUCGAGGGGACCAAAUUUAGGCGAUUUUCGCACAGUAGAACAUACGCAAACUCAUCCAACGAUUUCCGUUAUUUUGCUGCUGCUGAAGUUCUGAAAAAACGUUGGACGCCUGUACAAAAUUGCCCAAAUAGUUGUAGAAAAAAAAAAUAAAUUCGCACAGGCCGAUAUCUCCAGAUUCUCCAGAAACGCACAGACAAUAUUCUUUCUCAUUUUUCCGAACCAAAUCAAACUUUGACGUUCCGCCGCCCAGUGCUCAUGGUUACGGUACACCCGUCUCUGUUCGUGUCAAGAUGACGUGUGUCUGUGUGUGCGUAUGCUACUUUUGCAAAAAGUAGCCUCAUUUCAUUCCGAAUCUUUUUGCUCGUCUUCUUCUUCAGGAGCAGCAACACAUUAGGCAAUAAAUGACGUGGACACAACAUUUUGUGUGUGCUCCUUUUCUGAGCUUCUUCUUCUACUCCUUCUCAUCAAUAUUGGCUCUUUUGCGAAGGAGAGCUUGAAAGAGAGAGAGAGAGAUGGCCCCUAAAACGGCUCUCUCUCUCUCUCUCUUUGGAGGAUGGGAAGAGGAUAAUGUGAUGUGCUUGUGCUUCUUGCUCUUCCGUGCACCUCUUUCUCCCUCUCUCUCUCGCUUCUUCUUUUGGGCUCAGCGAGCACGCACAGACACACACACACACACACACGCACAGGGGGGAGAAUGCGAUUUUACGACGACGACGACGAGAUUUUCUUCUUCUUCUUCUUCUUCUUCUUCUUUCCUCUCCUCCCAUCAUUUUUGGCAGGAUAUGCCUCUAAGGCGCACGCACGCACACACACACUCACUGAAAGCUCAUCGAGCACACACUCACAAUGUGAGCUUCUUCUUCUUCUUCUUCUUCUUCUUGUGCUCGUGGAGCACGACGACGACGACGACAUGUUGUAGGCCCCUUGCCGCCGCCGCCGCCAACACCGGGCCGCCCAACCCCCCACGCUUCAAUGGUCCCCCCCUCUUCUGCUGGCUGUGCUUUCACGACGUCGUCGUCGUCGUCGACGAAGGAGAAGAAAGAGUUUUUGGAGGAGAAUGAUGAAGGAAAAGAGCAAGGGAGCACCACGAGCACACACCAAACUUGCCGAAUUUUCGAGGAGAAAAUAUUACCGGCCCGGCCGGAGGGAACGCCAGGGGGGACCGAGCAGAGCGGAAAAGAACAGGGAAAAGAGGAAAAGAGGGGGUUUUUAAAAAGGAAAUUGCGGGGGAAUCUGCGGUCUUUUAGGCCGCCUUGGUAGUAAUAGUUCCAUAAUAAUCUUGAAAUGCCUGCCUUUGUUUGCAAGAAUAUGCAGCUGGAAAACUAAAACUCGUCAAAUUCAAUCGGUUCAAAUGCUCGAUUUUCCGAUUUUCAGUGCACAUGGACGGUGCACGGCGGACUUCGUGUGUCCGCUAAAGCGUGCUGCGACCCGGACGACGUGGCGUUGUGCAGAACGGACGCGGAACGAGGUUCGUUUAUAAGUACGUUUUCCCUUCCACUUCUACCUCUUAUUUUCCGAGUGACAAUGCGUGUGGCAAUCUAAUCCGUUAAUAACGCACUUUUACACUUGUGUUCGAUGCUUCACGCAACGCACUUUUCGCGUGUGUUCUCGUUUCGACAGAGCACCCCAACAUCUUUUGUUCUGAUUCUAGGUCGUCACAUGCUGCUCGCGUUCAAUUCCAUCUGCGCAAUCAUCUGCAUCGCCCUCAUUCCGAUCGUUUGUUAUCAACGAAAACGGCAGCAUGAGGUGAGCGAAGUGUUGAGCCAACUCUACAUUUCGAACGCAUUUUAGGCCAGAGGCUGGGCUCUAAUGGAGCUCUUUCUGAUCGGCGCCUCCAUUUUGUACUCGGUCCUCUUUUUGGAUUUUGUGGCGCCGCCCGAGUACGGUUGCUGCGUGGCAGUCUGGCUCCGACAAAUCGGAUUCUCCAUCUUCUAUGGAUCUAUUGUGCUUAAAAUUUAUAGGUUCGUUGAAAUUAUAAAAACUUGAAACUAGUUUUCCAACUUACUUCCAUUCAAAUUAGCAAAGUUCGGCAACUUUUGAAAGCUCCACAAAGCCGUUCUCGAUUCAGGAAUCUUCAAGAGUACCGAGUGCGGAAAGCGCAGCACGUGUCGGUCCGCGAGCAAGACAUGCUCAAAUACCUGGCUGCAAUGCUCGCGCUCACAAUCACCGGACUCAUGGCGUGGACGGUCGGCUCCUGGGGCGACACGGCCCUCUGGAGGACCGCCUGGCCGCAGUGUCUCAUGCAGGGAUGGCAUGUGAUAUGGCACGGAUACGAGCUGCUCUUUCUGCUCUACGCAGUCCGUCUUUGCUAUAAGGCCAGAAAUAGCGAUUGGCUGGAGAGGUGGCAGUUCACUGUCGCCGUCUGCCUUGAAGCCAUCAUCACCUUGAUGGCCAAUCUGAUUAGGUAUAAACAGAGCUGUAAAAAUGCAGAAAAAUACAUGAAAUUUGUAGGUAUUCUAUUCGAAAUUCCGGACGAGCCGACACUCUUUUUAUCGUCUCAUUCGUCCACUUACAACUCACAGUCUCUGUGAACAUUGUUAUUAUUGUGGCUCCGAAAUUUUACCUAUCAAACGGAGAGCCGAGUCGUCGAUCUAUGACGCUCGGCGGUCAUUCGGGACGGGCGCAUCCGUCUCUAGCCAAACUGCGUGAUAACAUUUUGAACGGAACUAUCGACUUCGCCGAAGUUCCGAUUGUUGACAUGAACCCGGAGGAUAUUCGGGUAGGAAGUGACACACUUUCUUCCCUCAAUCAAUUGUUUGUUUUUCAGGCUGAAUUGAAGCGCGUCUACACGCAACUGCGCAUGUAUAAGCUGAAGAAUUUGUAUCAGGACAACCCACACAUUUCUAAAAAACGGGGAGGGAAGAAAUGGAGCGACAAGAAUACAAAAGCCACCAGGAGAAUCUCUAUACCCUCGUGUUCACCACAAACGAAACGGAUAGAAGAGGACGAGAAGAGCGAUUUGACGGUCGAGUCGUCGCCGCACAAUGUCUACUUGAGCAAUUUCAAAGGAGUUAAUGUGAAUAGCAUUGAGCAACACAAUUCAGUUCGGGUCUAG